CUAGCAUAUGAUCUCUUGGACACCGAUAGGAGCAACUUCAAUGUGACCAUUUGGUAUUACACUACAUACAAGGGAGAUUUGCAAGAUUGGCGUGUAAAGUAUGUCCGAGUUCCUCGCUCAGUCAAUUUGGUUUCAAAUGCUUAUCUUGAGUUUUUGAAAGGCCCAGGGACAAAGAUGUUACUCGAUUUUGUGAAAGAAAUGCCAAAACAAGAAACUAGGCUUCGCAUGGACAUGGCGUCUCUCGUUGGCCCCAUUUUCUUCUCAUGGGUUAUUCUUCUUCUGUUCCCUGUGAUCUUGAACUCAUUGGUGUAUGAGAAGCAGCAACGUCUCAGAAUCAUAAUGAAAAUGCACGGGCUAGGAGAUGCUUCAUAUUGGAUGAUUUCCUACGCAUAUUUUCUCGCAAUAUCGACGUUAUACAUUGUAUGCUUGAUGGUAUUUGGGUCAGCAAUAGGACUUAAGUUCUUCCGGUUCAAUGACUACAGUGUCCAAUUCACUUUCUAUUUUCUUUAUAUAAAUCUGCAAAUCUCCAUUGCCUUUCUAGUUUCCUCAGCAUUUUCAAAAGCUGUGACAGCAUCAGUUGCUGCAUACAUAUAUGUGUUCGGAUCCGGGCUAUUAGGCGCGUUCCUCUUCCAGUUUCUGGUGGAAGGUUUAUCGUUUCCCAGACGCUGGCUUUUUGUCUUGGAGUUGUAUCCGGGAUUCUCUUUAUACCGUGGGUUGUAUGAAUUCUCACAGUACGCUUUCCAGAGAAACUUGAAUGGAAGGGAUGGGAUGAAGUGGAAACAUUUCAGAGGUAGUGCAAUGGAUGAAGUUUUCUCCAUCAUUAUCAUUGAGUGGUUUCUCGCUCUCAUUGUAACAUACUGUAUGAACCGAGUUUCUUUAUCCGCGAAAGAUCCUAUUGUAUUCUUGGAGAACACCUUCAAGAAAUCUCUUUCUCCACAAAAGCUUAGCUUACAAAAACAAGGUUCUGCUGUAUCCGUAGAAAUGGAGAACCUAGAUGUCCUUCAAGAGAGAGAAAAAGUCGAGCAGUUGAUGCUUGAGCCGAAUACAAGCCAUGCUAUUGUAUGUGACAACCUGAAGAAGGUGUAUCCCGGUAGGGAUGGGAACCCACCUAAAUUGGCAAUUAGUGGGUUAUCUCUCGUUGUGACUUCAGGUGAAUGCUUCGGCAUGUUAGGUCCAAAUGGUGCCGGAAAGACCUCGUUCAUCAAUAUGAUGACUGGACUUGUGAAACCAACUUCAGGGUCAGCUUUUGUCCGAGGUUUGGACAUAUGCAAGGAUAUGGACAAAGUUUACACCAGCAUGGGUGUUUGCCCACAACAUGAGUAA